GGCUCUAGCUGUUGUAUGGUGAGUAGCUCUACUGUACAACGUUGCAGGGUGAAAGUUGUAAAAUGCACUUCGCUCUCUUGCUGGUCCAUGUCUACUGUUUUGGUCUCUUGACGGAAGCGUCUGAUCUGAAGAACGUUCUCUACAUCGUUGUGGAUGAUCUUCGUCCUCAGCUUGGUGCUUACGGUCAAAGUGAGAUGUACACACCUAAUAUUGACAAGCUUGCCAGCCAAUCGUUGGUGUUUGAGAGAGCUUACUGCCAGCAGGCUGUGUGUGCUCCUUCUCGAAACUCGUUUAUGACGGGAAGACGACCAGAUACCACAAAAGCUUGGAAUUUUAUAGAUCACUUUCGUGAAGCAGGCGUGGGACUUAAUUGGUCUUCCAUGCCACAGUACUUUAAGAAUCAUGGAUAUUUCUCGUCGGGUGUAGGCAAACUCUAUCACAAAAACCUUCCUCCUGAUAAUGAUCCACCAUCAUGGUCUGAUCUCAAACAAUUUCCUUACUACUGGGGGAAUCCUCAAGGAUGUCCUAAUCACACCAGCUCGUGUCCUCUUUCUCGUGAGACUUACAACUUUACUGACAUGAACUCGACGGCUAUUAUGAUGCAGCACAUGCACUAUGCAGCUCAACAUAGAGACACGCCAUUUUUUCUUGGAAUCGGAUUCCACAAGCCUCAUCUUUCUUGGCGUUUUCCACAAGAAUUUUUACAGCAUUACCCAAAUGCGUCAAAUAUAACAGUCGCUAAACAUCUUAUGACACCUGCUGGUAUGCCAACAGUUGCAUAUCAUACUUGUAUUCCUCCUUCUCGCUAUACAGAUCUUCACAAGUAUGAACAUAACAUUUCUGUUCCUUAUCCAGUAGAAGUACAGCAACAUUUGAGACAAGGGUACUACUCAGCUGUGAGCUACAUGGACUCUCUAGUCGGGGAGGUUCUGCGUGAAUUGGACAGUCUUGGUUUGUCUAACGAUACCAUAGUAGCAUUUCAUGCAGAUCAUGGCUGGCAGCUUGGUGAACACAAUGAAUGGUGUAAACAGACAAAUUUUGAGUUGGCAGCUCGUGUGCCCUUUAUGAUUCGCGCUCCUGGAUAUGAGGCUGCUGCAGGCAAGAAGACUUCAUCACUGGUUGAAUUGGUAGAUGUGUUUCCAACGUUGGUGGAGUUGGCAGGACUACCACCUUGUCAAGAGAAUUUGGAAGGAAAGUCACUUGCUCCUUUAUUCAAAGAUUCAACAAAAUCUGUGAAGAAUGUUUCCUUAACACAGUAUCCUCGUUGUGGGAAUGUUAAGACUGGAGCGGAUAAUUGUGGGGGAGUGAAAAGAACCGAUUUUGAAUACAUGGGUUAUAGUAUUAGAACUGAUCGGUAUCGUUACACAGAAUGGGUUGAAUGGAAUGGAAAGAAACUUCAACCGAAUUGGGAGAAUGUUAUCGGAAAGGAACUGUAUGAUCACCAAGGAGACGAGGAGAAUGACUUUGACGCUUUUGAGAACGAAAAUGUGGCGGAGAAAGAAGAAGAAGUUGCAAAAGAGCUUAGCAAAAUGUUAAGAGAGAGUUUCUCCCAUUGACGUUGCCUGCUUGUUUUCUCAAAUGUUUGUUUGUCUACAAUUGCAAGUUUACCAAUUUCCUGCCGCUGCAACUUGUUUGGUAACGUUGAAUGGCUUGACUCAGUGCGUGUUAGCUAGAUGUGCUGCAUGUAGAAAUUCUUUCGUCGACAGAUAGAUGAGUGGUUAUUAGUAAUUGGAAAAUUUGCAAGCUUGAUUUAAUACAGUCUGUUGCUUAGUAUGUAGACAUAUGACACACUUUGACUUGCGCAAUA